AUGCAAUUUUAUAGAAGGAAAGACGGACAAAGCUACUUGGUUCUACAUUCAAAUGAAUGGAACCGUUUGAAAAGACAACCAGGUCCGGAGAAAACGUUGAAUGAACAACAGGAAUAUGUGAAAUCUUUAAAUGAGAAAUCAAGGGCCUGGACUCAAACAUGGCCGGACCAUAAACACGGUGUUAUAGCCAACUAUGAGAAAAAGCAACAGAAACUCCGUGAAACUCAACUAGCCAUUGUUAAUUCAGAGAAGCAGAAGCAAAAAUUUAAAAAACAAAGCAACAUUGAAGCAAUUAAACAAGCACGGCAGAGGAUCUUUGAUGAAAGUUGUUAUGGCAGAAAACUUUUAAGCGCUUUCCGAGAAUCUAAGACACUAGAGGAAAGAGAUGCACAAGUACAAUUUCUAAAGAAAUUAAAAGAGGAGAAAGUUAUUGAAACCAAAAAGAUCAAGAUUCCAGCGUUCUGUUCUUUCGAUUUAGAUAAAUAUAUAGAAGACGAAAAAAAGUGCCGAAGAGCUACAGCGAUACAGAUGGCUCAGCAGAAUAAAGAAAUGCAAGUGAAAAUCAUUUUUAAUUAA